GGCUCUCCUACAACGUCUCGUAACUUGAUACCUCGGCACUGCGCAAGCAUACACUCCAAUUACACCAAUCAUGAAGCCAUGAACCAUUGCCCAAGCUGUUCAUCAUGGAACAGCCGUUUUCCACCUCCAAAGUUACCGUCGAGUACUUUGACCCUCAUGGCGUCUACAAGCUGCUAGCACCCGGGCUUGUUCCUCGCCUACCCCUACGCAACCUGCAUUGGCAGUCGCAUGCCGGACCUCUUCGAUCGAUUGAUGCCCUCCACGUCGAGCUCCUAACCGCCGGCUCGACGGAUCCGCGAACUAUUCUCUCCCCUGACCCCUUCCCGGCACUCCAGCGAACCAACAGCUCGAACGCGCGCGAUGACGGCUUCCAGACUCAGAUAGGGAGCGUUACACUUACCGAUGCAGCCGACAAACAUGCGGCGGCUGGCCAGAAGAACAGCACCCCAGCGCGACGGCAUCAAAUCCCUGGCUUGAGAAGGACACCGUAUCUUAAGGUGCUUUUUGUAAGAUGCGACGACAACGACUCGUACAAAGCAUCCGUUAGGCAAGAGAUUCGCGAUUGGGUCAAGGCCAACACCCGCGCAUCGGGCGCGAAAAAGGCCAAUACCGCCGAGAACCACGACGCCUUCGAGUGGUUGAUUCUCCACGUUGUCAUACCCAACACAGUCGCAGCGACCCAGCCGCGGGUGACGGGUAAGACCGAUGCCGCUUCCGAGAAGAGCUCUGCUGUCCCAGCCAGAUGGCGCACGGGAUCCAGCACGCUACUGGAGAAGCUUCGAAGCGAUUUCAACAGCAGCAGUAAAGGGGGCGUGGACCGCGUCGCCCAGAUCAGGAUCGGGAUCAACGAUGUCCCCUACGAUCUCUUGCCUCGAGUUGUGCCAGCCGUGCCGAGUGGAUACAAGGAAACUGGCGAAGAAAGCGAUAAUGCCUGGACCGACCUGAUAUCCAAGAUUAGAAGCCUGAUUUUGUCAAGUUUUGACAGCCGGGUAAGCCAGUACGAAGAGGACAUCAAAGAGAAGGACGCCCAGAGGAGUUUGCCGGGGUGGAACUUUUGCACUUUCUUCAUCUUAAAGGAGGGUCUUGCCAGAGGCUUUGAAAGUGUUGGCUUGGUCGAGGAUGCACUCGUGGUCUAUGACGAGCUGAGCGUGGGACUCGACAUGGUUAUCAAAGACCAGGCUCGUGGCGGCUCGAGUGCCGCUGCCAAUACAAUGUUGAAUUAUACCCAAGAGUUGCGAGAAGCAGCUGUCAAGGCACGAGCUGAAAUGUAUGGCGACAAGAGAGACAGCGACGGUGACAACGACGGUGAUAACGACGGUGACGGCGACCCCGACGGCGACGAAGUAGUGGACAUGCAGGCCUCUGUAACUGCAGAUACGGACGCCAAGGAGACGUUUGACGAUAUUCCCAUCAGCGCCACGAAGAAACCGUACCGAGAGUUGAUACUCGAAAAUAAUGUUUCCGUUUUCGACUUCCGGUGCUACAUCUUUGCCAGGCAGAUCGCACUUCUCCUGCGACUUGGCAAUGCUUGGUCCACGCGGGAAGAGCUACUUGCUAAGCUCAAGGAACAACAGGAGUCGACUAUGCACGGCGUGGCGCCAAGAGCGCCGCCGCCCAGGCAGACAGAAAACGAGCAUGAGGAUUUAUCCAUACUGGCCGAGAUCUGCCGGAGAACGAUGGAGUUCAUUCCAGCCGUGUCUCAUGUGAUGAGGGGCGACAUCCUGUCUGCCCUGACGGCAGAAAAGAAGUCUGAUGACAACAGCAGUGCACCGUCCCGGGAUUCUGCAGUGGCGGAGAUAAUGGACAACCUGGUUGCGGCUUUCGCCUUCUCCAUCGCCCAGCAAAUACUAGCGCAGACUUCCACAAAAGCACUCCCAAUUCCGCCUUCGAUAUUGGCGCCUCCAGAUGGUCAUGAGCCCAAGUCAUCUAUCCCUGAGCCAAAAACAAUGAUGCAUCCAUCCAGAAACUCGUCGUUGCGCAUCACCACCGGCGGUGCUGGCGCAGGUCGACCUCCACAAAGCCCCAACUUCUUUCCCGGCCCGGGACAGAACAGGAAUGUGUCAGAACACGAAGUGGCAAAGACGAAUGCGUUCCUCAAGGUGGGCUUAGAAGAACUGGCUUCUAGGAGAGCCGAGCUCUACGUUCUUUCGCGCAACAUUCUUGAGGAGUGCGGGAAGAAGCGGGGUUGGAGCGACGGUUGGACGGGAGUACCCGUUGUGGGAGAGUCCAGCAUGGUGGACAUGGUAGAGAUUAGCCUGGACGCUGACACGACCCUUACCGCAGAGGGUGAGGAUUUAGCUACCAAGGAGACGAUCCUGUCGCUUGCUGGGCUCAAUAGUCACCUCCUCCGCACUGCCCUCGACAACGACGGCGACUUUUACCGUCUGUACGAAAUGUUGACGGAUAAGGCGCUGCGACAUUACACCGUUGCCAACCACACCCACUCAGUACAAGCAAGUAUGGCUGAUCUAGCCGUCUUGAAGUACCAUCUUCGCGACUACGCUGCUGCAGCUUCUUAUUUCUGGAGGACGACGCCGUUUUUCGGGGAGAGUGGGUGGAGCUUGUUGGAGUUGAGCAUGUUGAUUAUGUACUCCCGGUGCCUGAAGCAACUGCAGCGUAAAGACGAGUACGUCAAAGUCACGCUUAAGCUUCUUUCCAAAGCGGCAGCCGCUGAACGCCAGAAGCAACAGUACCGUUCAUCAUUACGUUUGGGCAAGACGGAUGUCGAUUAUCCAGACAGUGAAGCUAUCAAAGGUCUCUUGGCCGACUUGCUAGCAGAGACCAAGACAUUGCAGAACACAGUCCGGGUGCCGUUGGCAAAUUUCUUUUCCGCGCUGGAGGUCGAUGGCUCUCUAGAGUACCAUGUCGGCCGAGACAGUUUCUCGGCUCGCUUGAAGCUGUUUAGCGUUUUAGUUGAUGAGAUGCAGUUGGAGAAAGCAAGAGUGCGUCUAGUCAGUCAAGUUGCCGGUGUGCAGAAAGAGAUACUGCUAUCACUAUCGAGGCCCACAACUAUUAAGCCUGGAAGGAAUAGACUGGACCUGAGUAGUAAUAUGGUACUUCCGGGCAUCUAUGACGUUGACAAGAUCGACUUUACCGCCAGCAACCUAUGUAUGCAUUAUGACAGAGAGGCCAACAAGACAGGCGAGCUGCUGAAAUCGCCGAAAAUUACCAUAUUUCACAGAGCGGAAGCACUAAACGUCAGUCUAUCGGCAUCUACUCAUAUUCAGCUGGACCGCAACAAUACAGUCGACAUCAAUCUCGAUUCUGGCUGGAACAACAUCGUAAGCGCCGAAGUUCGUGUCAAGGCUGCGACUGGUGGCAUGAGACUACUUACUGCCGAAGCCAAGUGCAUUGAGUCCUCAUUUGAGUUUUCCAAGAGCCCCACGGCCGGCCUGUUCAGCUUCGCCGCCAUACCGGCGCGCGAAACCACCAAAAUUCGUUUCCCAUACACGAACGAACAGGAGGUUACGUCCGUGUCCAUCCGGAUCGAUGUCUCAUACACGACGGAGCACGGCACGUUCACCUUCUCCAAAACACCGACAGUGCCCAUCACACUAGCACUCGGGGUUAAUGUCCAGGAUGUCUUCAAGCAUAGCGCACUGUUCAGCCGCUUUACCGUCUCAACGGCCAGCGAGAGCCCGCUGCGUCUGUACAAAAGUGAGCUUAUCGACUCUGAGCUCUUCCAAGCCGACUUCGGCGUACCUCCGGGAGAUUCGGUGGUAGUGUUCCCACGUCUGCCGGCAAGCUUGCUUUACAAGAUUCGUCGCAAAAAGGCGGUCAAGCUCACCCCCAAAACACAGAAAACUCUAUUUCUUAAGCUUGAUUACAGUGUGUUGGGAGAUGAUGUGCUUGAAACGAUACGGGAAAACUUGACCAUGACGCUCAAAGAUACCGCAUUGGCGCCUUACGGGAGAUUGCUAUCAGACACCAUCGUACCACACUUCGAAGCAUGUCUCGGCCCGCAUGAGCUCGAGAGGGCUUGUCUUCUUGGUUAUGUGGAUACGGGAUUUCUGAGCUCUCCUAACAUCGACUGGACCUCAUCCUUCACUGCCCUUGGCAAUGAUGCAGACGGCAGAGACCUAGCGAUAGUGUUGAGUGAGUUUAUCCGCAAGUGGCAGACGGAAAACUCGCGCGUUGCUAUUCAGGGGGGUGAAUCAAAGUCAAUCCUGAUUCCGGUCGAUGUACCUAGCAUCUCUAUCGUACACACGGUGGACAUUCGAGUCGAUAAGUCGACUGUGAUGACGAAUCAACUUCUCCCUGCAACGCUGCACCUCAAGUGGACACGUGUCUGGGACACCACGCCGGCCAAGGAUAUGGUCGAUUUGGAGUUCAGCUAUGAGGUCGUGGCACCAGCGGAUACCUGGCUCGUUGGUGGGCGGCGGAAAGGUCACUUCGUCAUCCCCGCCCCUGAAUCAGACGAAGUCGGCAUCAGCAGCACAGAAGAAACCGAGGCUGACAUACCGCUUCUGCUCAUCCCACUUCGUGAAGGCUGGCUGCCGUAUCCCAGUAUCGAAAUCCGGGAGGUCAGGCCAGGGAGCUCAGCGGAUCCAAGCCCCGUGGCUGGACCGGGCGAGGUGCCAGCUCAGCAGCCGAAAUCGGCAGUGGAGACGGUGAGUACGGAUAGGGAGGCGGUAUCGUGCGAGACGGACUUCAAGAACCUGGGCGAGACGAUAAGGGUGGUCGCGGAUAGGGAACGCGUUACGCUUAGUCUGGAUGCGAGUGGGCCUGGAGGAGGACCUUUGGUCAUGGAGGUUGUGAAGAGGGUUAGAAUGGAGGCUGGGGAGGAGGAGAGGGUGGUUGUUUGAUAGGAGCCCAUCAGUCUCCUACUUAUAGCCUAUUUCAGUAUAAAUUUCGGGGUACUAAGAAAUAAUAUAUUUCAGCUAUCAACG